AGAGACCAAAGAUAAACUCAUUGCAGUCAUGAUAACUAGGGUUAUAAUAUCCUCUGGGAGUAUUACAAACUUUUAUUUGGGCAUCUGAUAAAACUUUAAAUAUACGACUCCAACUGGACUUGAUUGUAUUUUGUCUCCCCCAGUACUCCUGAGCCACUUUAACACAGGGCUGCUUUAUGUCUGAAUAAUAACUGUUUCAGGCACAGACGUGUGCUGCAAUACAUAUAAAAACAAUAAUAAAAUAGAAGACGUAAAAGGCAUACUUUAUUAAUCCAAAUUUAAUAGAAAAUAUUCUAUAACAUAACACUUUGAUAGGAGCCAUUCUGCAUAAUGAGCACUUUUACUCAUUUAGCAGAUGUUACUAUGCUUUCCCCACCACUUGGUAUGAGAUGGUGACAUCAGCUGUUGGUGGGGAGGCUUAGAUGGACUGCAGGUCUAAAAAUAAUAUAAGUUCCAGGUUGAACUGAAAAGCAAAAUAUAAAAUGUCCACUUGCCACGAUAACACAUUGUGUAAAACAGCCUUCCUGGUUCCAUCUGCUCGUUCCUGGUGUGAAAGCCGUACUUUUUAAAUCCUUAAGUCUGAGCUGAACAUGCUAAUGUCAAUGAGCCAUAUGAUGAGAAGAAUAAAUAUUUACCACGGGCCUCUGUGAGGAACCACCUGUAACACACUGAUCCCAGCUGAUUCCUUCAUUUUAAUGUUAUGUGACUGCCUCCACAUAGUGUAACAUAUAACCUGCCAAUAGGAAUCAGGCUGAGUUGUCUCAGGGGGAGUGGAAGCUAGCGUGUUCAGGCAAGAUACACUGCCUUACUUUGCCUUUUCUUCAUCCUUACUUUGUAAGGAAACCUCAGAGCACCUCUAAUUGCUACGCGUGUCUGGCAUUUUGAGUUGUUAUCCCGUCUUAUCUCCACAAUGGAUCAUCAGUACACGUGUGACAAGUGAAGUUAUGAGAAUGCAGGACAAAGUCAACAGUGAUCCACUAAAGAAAUCAGUGGGAGAGAGUGAUCAACGUGGACAGCAGACUAAAGAUGAGAGGAAAACAGUGCAGAGGAGAACCUUCACCAGGUGGAUUAAUGUGUUUCUGCAGAGAUGUGAUCCUCCGUUUGAAGUACAUGACCUGUUCACGGACAUUCAGGAUGGCAGAAUACUGAUGGCCCUGCUGGAGGAGCUGUCUGGGUGCAAACUACUUUACAGGUUUAGGUCGUCUUCUCACCGCAUUUUCAGACUGAACAACAUUUCCAAGGCCCUGGCUUUCCUGGAUGAUAGACAUGUGAAGCUCGUUGGCAUCGAUGCCUCUGGCAUUGCUGAUGGGAUCCCGUCUGUUGUUCUUAACCUUGUGUGGAACAUGAUUCUGUAUUUCCAGGUAAAGGAGGUGAUGUCAGGCCUCGAGAGACAUUUGUCUUCAAGCCUCUCUUCCUUAUCAAUGAGCAGUUACCCCUCCUCCAGCGACCUCUCACCCGAGCCAAAUGACAUUGGCAGCUAUUCCUGGAACACCCUGCCAAGUAAAGGCAGAAAGGCUGCCAGAGAGCCAAAGUACCACGGGAAAGCAAUCAAGACUCUACUGCAAUGGGUCCAAAGAUGCACAUCACAGUUUGGAGUGGAGGUGCAUGACUUUGGGAAGAGCUGGAGGAGUGGGCUGGCAUUCCUAGCCAUGAUUAAGUCCAUAAACCCAGCCUUGGUUGACCUGAGGGAGAGCCUGUCCAGAGAGCCAAGAGAGAACAUUCAGCUGGCCUUCAUGAUAGCCCAUCACAGUUUGGACAUACCACCUCUGAUGGAGCCUGAAGAUGUGUCAGGCACUUCACCAGAUGAGCAGUCCAUCAUCACCUAUGUGUCUAUGUUUCUGGGGCAUUGUUCAGGCACAGAUGAGGAGCAUACGACAGAUGUUGAAGUUCCUGAUAUCCCAAAUUUUGGAUCACUUGAGUCAGUCAACUUUGGAGAGACCCUCGCUGACGAGCCAGAAGCCCAAGCUUUGCUCCAAGGCUGGGAGAACAGCAGUGAGCAGUUACUUUGGAAACGGUGGGCCAGGAGAUCCCCAGGAAGCCCCUGUGCCACCUCGCUUCACACAAGUGGAGCCACGUUACCAAUCAACCACAAGAAAAGCAGGCGUCGAAGCAUUUCACAGCCUCCCAGUCCACUGGACGCAGGCGUAGGCAGCCAGGAGAUUAAAUUGUGGAUGGAGAAAGCGUCUGCAGAUCAGGGCUACAGCAAGCCAAGAGUGGAUGAAAGUCACCUUUCUUUGAGCUCAGAGGAAGGAAUCUACAGCAUUUCAGCAUUGGACUCAGAUGAGGAGGAAGCCUACAGCUACAUCCUGGAUCUGAAUAAAGAGGUUUUUCAGUCAUAUAAUCUGAUGAAAAGACAAGUGCCGAGGGUUGAAGAGGAAACAGAGGAAGAAAUGUUCCUGAAUGGACAGCAUAAUGAAGAGUCAAAACUUCUGGAAGUAUAUGAGACGUUAAACAGCAGGAGCAGUAAACAUCAAGAAGGCUCACUUGUACAAAAUGUUGAAUCAGAAGUCAGGGCUCAGUCAAUGGUUCAUAGGACGUUUGAUUGCGACAAAAAUGAAAGCAGUUCCAGAGAGAUGGCAAACUGCAUAGCUGCAUUUGACAAGGAGCCAGAGGAAGACAGCAGAAGCAGAGAGGAACUUGAAGAUGAGAGAGUUGUUCAGGGACAGAGUAACAAUGAUGGUGAUUAUUUUGAGGAAGAGAGGGAGAAGGAGAAGGCAGAAAAUGCUAGAUUGGUGAAGCAUGGAUGUGAUAAAAGGGAGACUCUGGUAGAUGAAACCAAGAACACAAAGCUUUUUGAAGUGGCUGCGUGGAAGAGAGAGGUUGACAAAGAGACUGAAAUAGGGCUUUUUGAAAAAUAUGGACAAGUGAGUGAAAAGGGAGCGCUACACAAAAAAGAAGAGGAAGAACAUGUGAUGACAUUUGAGGAUGGGCAGGAAAGAAAGCAGGGGGAAGAAAAGUGUGAAGAGGAUAUUGUAAAGGAAGAAGAGAGUGAAAAUCAGCAAAGUGAUUUUGAAAGUUCCAAGGUUGGCGUAAAUGGAAAAAUAUUAACUGACAAGGCCGUAUGUGAAGUCAGAGGAGCCGGGAGAACUAGAAAGAACACAAAAAAUGACGGGAGAGACAAUGCUGCUAAAAUGGAAGAUUUAACUUGUAAAGAUGAAGACAAGGAAGAAUACAGUGAUGAAGUUAUGAAUUCAAUGGAUUUUGUGGAAUUCAGAACAGCAGAGGAGAAAGACAGGGACUUUAAGACUAAGAGAUGUAAACUCACUGAUAAGAAGGAAACACAAGCAGACCAUCCUGGUAAAACUGACCCCAAAAAUGACACUAACGGAGGUGUAAACGUCCAUCCUGUCUGUCGUGCAACUUCAUUCAGAGAGGGAGGAUUCAUUCUUCCAUUUCCAGCAGCCUCUUGUGACAUAACCCCAUUAGAGCUGCAAAUGCUCGUGGUCCUGUGGAUCCUGAUCUACUGCUGCUUCAUCCUGCCUCAAAUGAACUUCUGAGUCCCCCGCAGUGCACCCUUCUUAUUAAGAUAUGCUUAUUAGCCCAGUUUCCACUAACGAGCCGAACAAGGACACUUAGGGCUGGGUCGACUCUUUAUCUGUGUCACAGAAUUUCCCUCAUGGCAACAUUUAAUGAUUGUGUUUACUUUUUGCUGCCUGCAAAAAUAAUUUGUUAUUGCUGCUAUAGUUUUAAGAUAAAUACAAAUGUUGCCAGCUACAUGGUCUCGCAUUACACAAAUUAUUAGACAUGGUUUGUGAGUUGUUGUUUUUUGCAUGUUUAUUUUUAUGGCAGAAAUACUCCUUUCAAUUUCAGUUGACUUCCUCAACCACAUGGUGGCAUCGCAGCACCACAGCCAUCUGUCGACUGAGCGUCCCGUAUGAGCUGCUGUUUAAUUAGAAACUGUACUGACACGCUGAGAUUAAGCUGAUAAUAUUUAAUGAGCACUUUGACAUUUCGCACCCUUGUGGCUUAGAAUGUAUACUGUUUUAUUGUUUACUGUAUGAUAGUUUAA